AUGUCACGCUUCCACGUCCCUGUUCCCGACUACGACUUCACCGUUCGACAGAAGAACCCUUAUAUUCCAACUCCCGACUAUACUUUGAAGUACAACAAGCAGAAGAACAGACCUUCUUUGAACAAUAUCGGUUCCCAGUAUGCUCCAUCGAAUGUGCCAGUUACGAUUGAGACCAAACUCCUUCCAAUCACGAUUCCCGUUGAAGUUUUAGUACAAAAAGAACCUAGUUUCCGAAAACCGAUGAAACUGGAGCGUAAGAAUGUUCCGAAAUUGUCUGAUGAAAACUCCAACUAUCCAGAGGUGAGCCCAUGAGAAUGAGCAAUUCACAACUAAUACUUGGUUUCAGAUAAAGAAACACUCGUAUAUCGAGGACCAUGACCCAGAAGAACGACACAUUACGACAAAAGAACAUAUCAAGCAGAUCGGAGUGCCUGUACUCCCCGGAAUUGCCGCUUCCGUUCAACUUCUGAACCCAUUUGAGCUUUCCGGUACGUGUUUGGUUUUUGAACCUCCUCUUGUACAUUGUAGUAGUAAUCAGCAGACAAGCGGAGCAUCGGAAUUCACUUCUUUCAGGAAUUUCUAUUCUUUCUUCUCAUCUGAAAGUCUUCACGUUUAGUGGCCGUAAAAAGUCGAAACUAGUGAUAAGAGCCCGCCGUCACCCUGGCGUCUACUUUCUUUCUCUGAAUCUCCUCACUUCGCAUAGUCUUGCUGGAAAGUAGCUGAUUUUAAUAUUUCGUCUAACUAGCAGUUUGCUGACAUUUUCGUAAUUGUUUAACCAAACAGGUUGACUAAGAGUUCAGCAAUUUUUGUGCACAAUCAAUCACUCUAGCAUAUUGUCAAUAUUACGUAUAGUUGCAAUGAAACCAACACUUUUCUAAACACAAAAACAAGUUUUUGCAGCGGCUCCAGUGGCGUCAGAUCAGAACAGAGCGUUUCUUCGUCACUUGGAAAACCACAAAAAGUUUGACACUGUUCGCGGGGACCGCGGAAUCGAGGAUUGCGAAAUAUGUCAGAUUAUGAGAAAACAACUGGAAGCGGAAAAGUUUGAUAAUCAUUCGCAUUCCGGGUAAGAAUUAGAUUAUCAUCUUAUCAACAUUCCUUCCGCUCGAUUAAUGUCAACUAGUCGAUGAGUCAAACGGGAACGAUCAUGUUUCAGUAUUUGCAUAAUUUUUCCACUGGCCACCUCCGGAAAUUAGACCGGCAGUGGCCAACACCUAUAAUCUUUAAAGAAAACAAUAGAAUUCCGCUAAGAAAAUGACGUGCUUGUUGUAAUCACAUCUUGUAUGUAAUUCCUGUUUCUCAGAAAUCGGUCCUGGGAGAAGGAUAGACAUGCAGUCACACCGCCGAGUCAGAAUUCGAACCCGGGAAGUCGCAGAAAGCGUGGAGAUGUGUGAGUUACUCUUCAAAUCUCCCAAAGUUUAAUGCCGCUCUGAUAGUGUGCAUUUUUCGCGAGGUUUACAAAAGAUAAGGGCCAGAAAGCUAUCAUUAAGGUUUGAAAUUUUUAUGACAUUGUAAAGUCAAAAAUUCGAUAACGAAACCGGUCCAAGGUUUCUGAUUCGUUUUUACGAGCUGAGAAUGUUUCAUCAUACAUUCCAUUUCCAGCCGCGAUAUAUUCUCUCGGGUCGAAGAACAACGUGAACCUGAACCGUACUUUCGUGCAAUCAGCGCCCGCGCACGUCACAAUUACGAAAUGAGACGAGAGGGAGAAGUGAGCAUUCGAGCGAUGGAGCAAGUUGAUGUCCGUUUCCACUUACCUAAGAGCCUUAGCACCUAAGUUCUUAAGAUAACGCCGUAGUUCUUGCAGAUUCUCCACAUGGAACGAGAGUUUGCAUUGUGUCGCAAAGCGGAUAACACUAUUGGAUGGAUACCUUCUUCUGUCUUUGAGCUCUGA